AUGGAGACUAUUCCUGUGAACUGUGCUAAGCCUGCGAUUCUGCAAUCUUUUUCUUCACGGAAACCCGCUUGGUUGACCGGCGAGUUCAUCGGUCAAUACCAGGACAUUAUGACCACAAAAUGUCAGACAUGCACCAAUAUUCCCAAGUUCACCACGGGGGGUGAUAUAUUAGAACCCAAACGCCAAGUCCGAUCAAGAUCGGCUGCUCCGCCAAAAGGACACCGCUUCAUCCCGCCGUGCACCGAGCAAAGAUCAACCGCCCAGCCAAUCAAGCAGAGGAGAGGCUUGCUACCGGCUUUAACGCCGCAUCAGGCAGUCGUCCGCGCUGGGGCUCCAAGCAAAGGAGAGAUGGGAUUUUAUGCCCCUCAGUGGAGAUAUGCUGUUGCGAGGGCAGCUUGA